AGCGUGGUAAUUGGUGUUGUGUACACAAUGGAUGUUAAAAGAGCACUACAACCUCUGUCACCCGACCUGCAGUCCCUCCUUAGGACAGGUGUGGCGUUAACUAGCAUGGUACAGUGUAUGGAGGAGCUUGUCCUAAACUCAAUAGAUGCAGGUGCAACAUGCAUUGCUGUGAGGGUGGACAUGUCACGAUUCAAGGUUCAGGUGUUUGACAAUGGACAUGGAAUACAGAAGAAUGACUUAGAAACAGUGGCAGAGAGGUAUUACACAAGUAAGUGCCAUACAGUCAGUGACCUGGACAACUUGUGUUACUUUGGAUACCGUGGAGAGGCAGUGGCAAGUCUGAGAGAAAUAUCAGCUGUGUUAGAGAUUGUCUCAAGAACCAAAGUUUCCCAAGUAUCCUACUGCAAGUUAUUCCAAAAUGGAAGCCCAUUGCCUGUAAUAGAAUCCACAGUGCCUCGCCCUAGUGUGGGAACAACUAUAACAGCUCAUGACUUGUUUUACAACCUUCCUGUCAGACAGAAACAUAUAAACCAGAAUCUGGAAUUGGAAAAGAUCAGGCAAAAGUUGGAGGCCAUUGCUCUAGUUCAGUCCAGUAUCUCUCUCAGCUUGAGAAAUGACUGUACAGGACAAGUUAUUCUACAGACUCGCAAGACUAAUUCCUUGCUGAACACAUUCACCCGUUUGUUUGGGGCUGCAAAAUCAAGGUGUCUUUGUGAAUUGAAAGCUGAGAAUGAGUAUUUUAAGAUUCAUGCUUAUUUUGGCAAAGAAGGUAGUUCAAGGAAAGACCAUCAGUUUGUCUAUGUGAACAAACGAGUGGUCUUAAAGACAGAUGUCAGCAAGUUGGUCAGUAAUUUAAUGGGCAAGUCUCUCAUUGUGAAAACCAAGACUCCCUAUGCCAAAGCCUUACUUGAAGAUAGCCCUACAAAACAUGUUGACAGAUAUCCAAUAUUUGUUAUCCUCAUUGAAUGCGGUCUCACGGAAUAUGACAUUACAUUUGAACCAGCCAAGACCCUUGUUCAGUUCAAGCAUUGGGAAUCCUUAAGAGAAAGUAUAGAGAAACUUGUCCAGUCAUUUCUUGUGAAAGAAAACUUAAAUCUAGCCAAGGACCCUGUAAGUCCAAAGGAUAACUCAAGUGAGAAAGAAGUGUUUGAAGAAUCACCAGACAUAUCUUUGGUCGAUACUAGUGAUAUAGAUAGAGAUAUUCACACAAAUAAAAUUCAUGCUGGAAUGUCAUCCAAGCUGGUAAGAAGAAAAAAAGAUUUUUAUCAUGAAGAGAACAUUGGGAUUAAUAGUAACUCUUCCUCUAUGGAUACUCAUGAAGAUAAUGAUGAUGCUUCCAUUUCUUUUACAAACCAUAAAGGUGAUUCCGUUGAGGAGGAUGUUGAAGCAUCUCAGGCUGUCUCUUUGCAAACUAAUACUCAAGGAUGUUCUGGUGUUGAAAAUUCCAUUGUAGAUGUUGAGGAAGGGAAAUGCUUAGUGACCUCUGAAAUUGAAAAUGGUGAUAAGUAUGAAAAAGCUGAAGCACAAUGUGAUAAGAAUGGACAAAAUGGUGUAGUUGUGAAUUUUAAAACACCUUCAAAUAUCAAUGCAGAGAGAAAGGAUCCUCCUAGAAUUCAUCCAAGAAAAGUGCCAGAGAGUCAAUUAGAAGAUGAUUUAGAAGAUAACUCACAAGAUUUUGAUGAGGAAGAUCCUUUUCAAUUUAAGAUGACUGAUUCCGUUGCUGAAGGUGAAGUCCCUGAUACUAACACAAGGAAAAAUUAUAUUUGUAUAUCAACUCCACAUAUCAGUCCAGGUGGAAACUCCACACUGUCAGCAUUCAGGAAAAGUCUUCUCAGUUCAAGGAAUGGUGGAAGUGGAAGAAUAGAAAAAAUGUCCUUGACAGAAAAACUAAGACAAAGAAAGAGCAAGGAAAAAAGCUCUGCAAGAAAACCUCAUGAAAAAAAUGUGAGACAUUCUAGCGUAACAGGCAUCUCUGAUCAUGUUCCUGAAAAAAACUGUUCAUCAAGGACCAGGACUUCUCUUUCAUCCUUUAGAAAAUAUUUACCUCAGAACCAGUCAUCAACAGUGCAUGACACUUCUGUGUCAGAUCCUACAAAAGAUACCAGUUGUAUUAAUCAUCAACAUACUGGAGACAAGCACACAGAGACAGUCCAUAUCAACAUCUCAAAGAAUGAUAACAAAAAAGCUCAAUACCAGGAAAAUGCAAGACAAAGGCACUGUCUUGGAUCAUCUGUUGAAAAACAGGAAAGUAGCUGGGAAAAUCAGAAAAGUGCCAUCAGCACUGCAUGUCACUGUUAUGACAGUGAUAUGGAAAAAUGUGAGACACAUGCAAAUGGAAAUAUGCUUUACAGCACUACAGGCAAGUCAUUGUGCUCAAAUAAUGUUGAUCUCUGUGGUGACGGCAGUGCUAUUAAUCCCAGUCAAAGAAUGGUAGAAGAUGUUCAUAUGUUGAUUCCAAUAUCACAGUCUGAUCUCAUAUUCAGUGGUAAUGAGACAACUGGAGGCUUAGAUGUACACACAAGGACAUCUGGAGGCUUAGAUGUACAUACAAGGAAAAGAUUAAAUACUGACAUGGCAAAAACAACAGCAUCGAAAAUGUCCAGAAUGAUUCAAAAUAGUGUAGUGUUCGAUUCAGUAAAGUGUGCAAACAAUGGCAUUUCUUUAGAUAGACUUGAUUCUAGUCAGCCAAAGGAUAAGUGUUUCUCCAUGUACUCUGAUCUGGAGGACUUGACUAUACCUGUUUCUUUGCAAAAGGGAUUUCAGUUAAAAAAUGAUGGUGGACCAUCUGCUGAGAAAGAACACAGCAAAAGUGGCGAGGAAGGGAAACUAGUUUCUACUUCUUGCUUGUCGCAGAUAAUUCCAGAUUCCUGUGAAACACAAACAGAAAAAGAAAGAGAUUUUGAACAUGCAUCCAAAAAUUGUAAACCUAGAAAUGAGUUUGAAGACUUUGAAAUUUGGCCUCCAAGAAACAAUUUAUUGAAAUCAUCACACAACCAAGGUGUGUCUGAUGAGAAAAAAGAAGAGUCAUUCUCACAGUUGCAAUCUAAUUCUAAUAUUCACUUGAAGGAUCCAUUUAUUAUGGAUAUUAAUGAUUAUCAGGAACGUAUUCAAAAUAGUUCAGAGAAAGCAUCAAAAGAUUCACACUGUUUAUUUGAUGUUACACAUAAAACUGAAAAUGCUCCAGUUAAAAACAUGUUGGAUUUAGAGUGCAAUCUAUUUUGUGAUGAAACGCUUGCAGACCUAGAGACUUCAACAAGGAGGGUGAAGGAUAACAGAGAGCUUACACAGCAUGAACCAGAAAUGGAACAUUUCUGGCAUUUUGAUGAUUCUCAAGAAUUUAUUCCUACAAACUUGACAUUUGAUUCAGAUUUUUCAAAAGAAAUUCAGGAACCUAGUAGGAGAAAAUUAAAUCUCUCAUUAGUGGAUUCCAUAGGAUUUAGUUUCUCUUCAGUUAGUGGCAACAGAAGUGGAGAAAAUACUCCAAACACUCCUAACUCUGAACUUACCAUUCCAAAAUUUGAACAAAGAACUUGCUGUUCCCCCACAGGAUCAGAAGGAUUUUCUCCUAAUCUAAAUCCAGAUGAAGAACUUAUUUCAACUGAAUCCACUUCAUCUAGGGAUUAUCCAAAGACAGAGGAUGAAGGAAUUGAACAGAAACACAUCCAUUCUGAAAGCCAGGAGAGUUUUACUCUGUCCAGGGUCUUGGGAGAAGAGACUGAAAAAACAGAAAACUGUGAUGAAUCUCAAUGCAGCUUUGAAAGUGAAGAGUUUUCCAAGUGGUUUUCACUAGGAUCAAACUGUUCUUCAUGUGAGGAAAAUUCUAGAGCACAAAGUGAUGAUUUUGUGAGUGUACCAAAUGCCUCUUUGUCACAAACACAGUGUGUCGAGAAUUCUUCUUUACUCCAGCAGCAAAAUGUGAAUGAAAACUGUGACACAGAUCUGCAAGAGAAAGAUAAUGUGACUCGACAGAGUGAGUACAGUGUUACUGUAAACAAUAAUGAAAAGAAUUUGGAAUCCAAAGAUGAAGAGAAAUCAAAUGAUAAGUCUGGUGAGAAUUUAUCAUCAGCAGCACAUGGUUCUCUGUGUCCUUCUGAAUGUGUUGACACAAGUCCUUGGUCAGAAGUAGCAGAUGGUGAUCUCUUGAACAUAGAUCUGGGCAAUGAGAAACUUACAGGAGCUGAAUUGCAAAAGACUUGGAUCAAAAUAACAGAUCAGAAGACAGGUAAGGAUAUUUUUGUAAACCAAAAUACAGGUAACACAGUUACAGAUGAAAAUCUGAUUCCAGAUGAAGACAAGCAAGAUGACAGGAGUGAAGAGACAGAGCAGGCAUCACAGUGCAGAAGACCAGUGAAAAAGGUGACUGCCAGCAGUCCCUCCACAGCUUCAUCGAUCAGGACCAUGAUUGAGGAACACUUUGAUGCUGAUGAUGAGAUGUUGUCAAUCAAGUGGAAAGAUAAAGGACUAAUGGAAAGCUUCAAAGGGAGAAGUGUUGCAGACCUGUUCAAGGAAUGGGAAAACCCAGUGUUUCCUAGACCAGAUCUGGAGGUACUAAAUGCUGAGACACAAAAGGAAAGAACGUACGGAGCCAGCAAGGCCCAGAGGUCACUCAAUCCGUGUACAUUUACAAAGGACAUGCUAAAAGAUGUAGAGGUAUUGGGUCAAAUGGAUAACAAGUUCAUCAUCUGUGUUCUGAAAACAGAAAAUCAGUUUAAAGGGUCUGGAUUAUUAGUGGUGUUUGAUCAACAUGCUGCCCACGAGAGAGUUAGACUAGAACAACUUACUAAAGAUUGCUAUGAAAGUGAUGAAGGGAGACAAUUCAAGUCUUGUCUCUUGAGUUCUGAGGAGGAACUUAAAUUGACUGAGGAGGAUGUUAGAGUCAUGGAGGCCUUUAGAGGGGAAUUCCAAAGAAUUGGAAUUUGUUUCUCCAAAAGCAAGCUCUCCAGACAUUCAGUAUUGAUAAAGGAAAUUCCAUCUUGUAUCACGAAAAAAGAAGAAAAACAGAGAGAAGGCAUUGUCAUCUUAAAUAUUCUCAAGAAUACCAUCACAGAACAUGUACAGUUUUUAAAGUCAACUAAAGGUGCCAAAGAUCACAUGCCAUUGACAAUUCAUAAACUGCUAUGUGGUUUGGCUUGCAGAGGGGCUAUCAAGUUCGGUGACCCUCUUUCUAAGGAGGAAUGUAUGAACCUUUUAGUGUCCUUAGCCCAGUGCCACCUCCCAUUCCAGUGUGCUCAUGGUCGUCCAUCUGUCAUGCCGCUGAUUUCAACAGACAAACUCAUCAAUAAAUAUACUCCCAGAAAACCUAACCUGUGGAAAAUAGCAAAGAAAGUGCAGCACAAGUAACUUAAUUAAGAUAUUAAUAUUUGCAAGUUUGAUAUUAGAAACUUGUUUUAUGUUACAUAUUGUGUUUGGGAAGUCAGUUUCUGUAUAUUUCUCAACCUUACAUAUGCUUGAAAUAGUACCUUUUGUUAUAACAUGGCAAUAGAAAUAUGAGGAGUAGACUUGUCCAGAAGAAAAGGAAAGCAGUGUGUAGUCUUGAUUGUGCAGGGUUUUUUUUGUGUGUGUGAAUGUGUGUGCGAAACAGUAGUAUUGAAACAGGGGUAUUGAAGUACUUUAAGCUCAGUAACAACUUGGCAUAAAUUUUAUUACAAAGAUGACCACUUAAUCAUCUUAAAGGUGACUUGCGGCUGAAUUCAUAGUACAUUGUUACCCCGGUAAAUGUUUUUUACUAGAUGCACUGCAGUUGUGUCCCUUUAAGGCAGUCAACAUUUUCUUGCUUAUGUAUAGGCAUUCCCAUCUUUUAGACAGAGGUAUUUUGGUCUGUCUGUCCUUUUGUUUGUCUCUCCACCCAUCUGUGGACAAUUCAUUUCUUCACACUUUCAUUUGGAUAGAGGUGGAUAGAGGUAGGAAAUUUAGAUUUGCCAUUUGAUCUUAUAAUGAUGAAGUAUGUACAUUAAAAAUUCAAGUUU